UUACAAGACAUAAAACUUGUUGGUCCACGAAAUGUUUUCAUUAUUAAGUCCGCAAUGAAGAGGUUUAAAGGACUGGGAAACGAGGCGAGCAGGUGACCUGGCGUUGUUUUCUCUUACUGCAUUAAAUAUACGAAACACGUGACGAUGUCAGUUCCACUUCAUUGAUAAAAGAGACAGAACAGGAUUUGGAGUGUAAGGAGGGACACUACGUUGACCUGAAAGCUUUUCAGCAGUUUUCCAAAGUGUAAUCCUCAUUUCAAGCUUCACCAUGUUUGUGACGGCUUAUCUGGCCUUUGUGCUCUUGGUGGCUCUGUGUGUUGGUCUGGAGCUCACGGCCCGUCGACUUGCCUCACCCCAAACUGCCCCCACAGCCGUAGCCAACCCGGCUUUCCGUCGCUUUCAGACUCUUUUCCUGAAGGCUUACCUGCUUGCUCUGUGGGCAGACUGGCUGCAGGGACCCUACCUCUACAAGCUCUACCGUCAUUACAGCUUCUUGGAGUCUCAGAUCGCCAUCUUGUAUGUGUGUGGUCUGGCUUCGUGUGUGUUGUUUGCUCCUGUGGCCGGCUGGCUGCCACAGGUGCUGGGCCGUCGACGCACCUGCCUGCUUUUCUGCUUGACUUACUCGGCAUGCUGCUUCACCAAGUUGUCGAGGGACUAUUUUGUGCUUAUUCUGGGCCGUGUGCUUGGAGGCCUCUCCACCUCCCUGCUCACUACUGCCUUUGAGGCCUGGUAUGUGCAUCAUCACAUCGAGGUCCACGAUUUCCCCAAAGAGUGGAUCCCCAGCACCUUCAGCAAAGCAGCGGACUGGAACCACGUCCUGGCAGUGGGUGCCGGACUGGUAGCCAAUCUGUUUGCUGAGUGGCUCGGCUUGGGCCCAGUGGCCCCUUUCCUGCUGGCGAUUCCCAGCCUGGCUGCCUGUAGCUGGUUGGUGCUGUCAGACUGGGGCCUAGAGGAGAAGGAGGAAGGGGCACAGGAGGACAAGAAUGGCCCCCUGCUUGGCCCCUCGAGCGCACCACAGAUCCGAAUGUCUGCCCGGGCCCGUUUUUGGCGCAGCUGUCUAGAGGGCCUGCGUUGCUUGCUGUCGGAUCGCCGUGUGCUCCUAUUGGGUGGCGUGCAGGCACUUUUUGAGAGUGUCCUUUACAUCUUCGUGUUUCUCUGGACGCCCGUCCUGGAUCCCCACGGUCCUCCGCUGGGCAUCAUCUUCUCCUGCCUGAUGGCGGCCAGUAUGGCAGGCUCCACACUCUUCCGCCUGGCCACGUCAGCGCGAUACCGGUUACAACCAGCACACCUGCUCUGUCUGACUGUUUUACUGGCCUUCUUCUCCUUCUUCAUGCUCACCUUCUCCACGGCCCCAGGGCAGCCUCGUCCUAGGGAGUCUCUGCUGGCAUUCCUGCUCUUGGAGCUGGCCUGCGGACUCUACUUCCCCACAGUUAGCUUCCUGCAAGGCCGGGUCAUCCCAAUGGAGCGCAGGGCCGGUGUACUGGCCUGGUUCCGGCUGCCCCUGCAUCUGCUGGCCUGCCUGGGCCUGCUGGCCCUGCACGGGGAGGUAUCCGGGACGGGUGGGGGAGAGAGCGGCAGUGGGACCAGACAUAUGUUCGCCGGCUGUGCUGGAAUGAUGCUCGCCGCCCUGCUGGCUGUGGUCAGUCUCUUCACCCUGGGCAGGAACGAUGCAGACCUGAGACUGGAAGGGACAAGGGGAGAGGGGGACAUCUAAGGAAUAGAACGAUGGGCACUGAACCAUGGACUGUUCAGGGAGAUACGUAUGACAGAUGACAGAUCCCCCACAAUGACAGAUCCCUGUCUGAGCAACUGAACAGAUUUGCAUACGUUUGUGCUGAGGUGCAGGCCAAGAGGCCUUUACUGAAAAAAGACUUCACAGUGCCUCUGUGCCAGGGAAUAUAUUAUUAUCUUAUUGGUUACUGUUUCUUAAGAAAUGUCAUUAUACUGAUAUUACAAACAUGUAUAUAGAUGGGAUAAUGCUGGGACUGGGUGAUGUAAUGCUCUCUUUUGACAGUCACUGCUUUAAUACCACUGGAUGGCACUACUGUGAAAAUGCCCAGAGAGCUGAACUUUCAGUUCUUGACGUAAGGCUUUAUAUGAAGAAUGAAGAAGUAUGACACAUCUGCAGAGCAUCCUCUCUCUUAACUCGAUGU